AUGUCAAUCGUGUCUCUAUUAGGAAUCAAUGUUCUGAACAAUCCAGCGAAGUUUACGGACCCCUACGAGUUUGAGAUCACAUUCGAAUGUCUAGAACCGUUGAAAAACGACCUUGAAUGGAAGUUAACGUAUGUGGGCUCGUCUAGAAGUUUAGAACAUGACCAAGAAUUAGAUUCCAUUUUGGUAGGGCCAGUUCCUGUCGGAGUCAAUAAGUUUUUAUUCACUGCAGACCCACCAUCUCCAGAAUUGAUCCCAGCAAGCGAACUCGUGAGCGUUACAGUUAUCCUUUUGAGUUGCUCAUAUGACGGCAGAGAAUUUGUAAGGGUUGGCUACUAUGUGAACAAUGAAUAUGACGAUGAAGAAAUGCGAGAAAAUCCGCCGGCCAAAGUCCAGGUAGAUCAUGUUGUGAGGAACAUUUUGGCGGAAAAACCGCGAGUUACGAGAUUUAACAUCGUUUGGGACAAUGAGCAAGGUCAAGAGUAUCCUCCGGAACAGCCCGAUGUAGAAGAAGAGGACGAGGAAGAAGAGGAAGAAGAGGAGGAAGAGGAAGACGACGACGAAGAGGAAGACGACGAGAACGAUGAGGCUGAAGCAGAGAAGGAUGAAAAGGACAAUCCAGAGGUACAGAAUCGCGAAGGUGAAUCUGAACCUGACGCGAAGAGGAGGAAAGUUGUCGAAGAAGACGAGGCCGAGGAGAUUGACCUUGAAGACGACGCUGAUAGCGAAGGUAUCGAAAUUGAAGAAACUCCGGGAGAAGGUUCAGUCCUCGAUACAGAGACGGUACCCACCCCGCAGGACUCUACUGCAACAUCUCCGGAUCCCAAGUAA